AUGGAAGGAAGAAAUAAAGCCAAGAAAGAGAAAAGCCCUCUGAAUUGCCUGAAGCUGGAAAUUCAGAAAAUAAUUGGUGAACAAUGGAAGGAGGAAAUGAUUAGGGAGAUCCCCAGAUCCUUUGUCAGACAUGGAGACCUCGUUCUUAUUGAUGGGAGUUCCUUCUCCAGCCCCUUCUGGAAAGGCUUUGAGUCAUCUAUAUGGGAGGCAGUGUCAAGCGUGCUACGAUGCAAUCGCAUCGCCAAGAAAGGAUCUGUCCUCAAGGAUGGUUUCAGGACGCCUUCUGUGUCUUUGCUUCGAGGUGUUGAUCCCUGGGUUGUGCACAAGGACAAUGGCAUCUUGUACACAUGGGAUGUGACAAAGUGCAUGUUCAGCACGGGGAACAUCGGCGAGAAGCUCCGCAUCGCAUCGCUGGACUGCUCUGGAGAGACCAUUGUGGAUCUCUAUGCAGGCAUUGGCUACUUUGUUCUUCCUUACCUGGUCCAUGCCAAAGCCAGGCAUGUUCAUGCAUGUGAAUGGAAUCCUCAUGCCAUCCAAGCUCUGAGAAAGAGCCUGGCUCUGAAUGGAAUCCAGGACCGAUGCACUGUUCAUGAGGGAGACAACAGGAAGGUUUGCCCAGAGAAUGUUGCGGAUCGAGUCAAUCUUGGCCUCAUUCCAUCGUCUGAAGAGGGUUGGGUCCCGGCCUGCAAGGCUCUCAGGCGAGAUGUCGGUGGGAUGCUCCAUGUUCACGGAAACGUGGAUCUCGAGUCGCAUCGUCCCGAAGAAGGAAAAUCACCUGAGGGCAGGAAGGAGUGGAUUCGCUGGGCAGACUACGUCCAGGGGAGAAUCGACGAGAUCUUGAGAUCCGAAUGCAGACUCGAUCGGACGGUGUCGAGGAGCGGGAUCCACAGGGUGAAGUCCUAUGGUCCACGCGUGGACCAUCUUGUCCUUGAACUUCACUGCAAUCCAGCAUAGAGGGUGCUAGAAGUGGGACCUCUAAGAGUUCUGUGGUCCUGAAUAGGUAAUUAAAACUUAAUUCUCAAGCAGUGAUAAAGUGCUUCAUGUGACUUUCAAGUUCUCGGAACUUAUUGAUACGAAUGGAUGGUAUUCGUCCUCAUGCAUGACAAUUAUUCUGAGCUGGAGCUCAGAGACUUUCUCAGGUUUUGUAUUUGUGCUUUGAGAAUGACAUCUAUAGUACAAC